UCGAGCCCGCAACCCGGGCCUGUGCCCCGACCGGGCAUCGGGCCGUGACCUCCCGGUUCCUAGGUCGGUGCUGGGCCCCUGAGCCACGCUGGCCGGGCUGGAUCUCCUGUUUGAUGGAAAGAGUGGAGAGCCUUCUUGAAGGUACUCGGAGCGGAGUGACUGAACCUGUGGCCGCCGCCAGGUCACGGGAUCCCGGGUCCUGCCAGGCCUGAGACGGUAGCCGUGUGGGCCGCUGGCCAGCCCGAGGGGAGAUCUCCGAUACGGAAGGCGGCACCUCCUACUUAACAGACGUGGUGUGGUGGGCAGGCACCAUCGCAAUGGCUGUCGGCCAGAUCGGAAACUUCCUGGCUUACACGGCGGUGCCCACAGUCCUGGUGACGCCCCUGGGUGCCCUCGGCGUGCCGUUCGGGUCCAUUUUAGCCUCGUACCUCCUGAAAGAGAAGCUCAACAUCCUGGGCAAGUUGGGGUGUCUGCUCAGCUGUGCGGGCUCUGUCGUGCUGAUCAUCCACUCCCCGAAGUCCGAGAGUGUGACCACGCAGGCCGAGCUGGAGGAGAAGCUGACCAACCCAGUGUUCGUGGGCUACCUGUGCGUCGUGCUGCUCACGCUGCUGCUGCUCAUCUUCUGGAUCGCGCCGGCGCACGGGCCCACCAACAUCAUGGUCUACAUCAGCAUCUGCUCCCUGCUGGGGAGCUUCACCGUGCCUUCCACCAAGGGCAUCGGGCUGGCCGCCCAGGACCUGCUGCACAACAACCCGAGCAGCCGGCGCGCCCUGUGCCUCUGCCUGGUGCUGCUGGCCGUGCUGGGCUGCAGCAUCAUCGUGCAGUUCCGCUACAUCAACAAGGCGCUCGAGUGCUUCGACUCGUCCGUGUUCGGGGCCAUCUACUACGUGGUCUUCACCACGCUGGUCCUGCUGGCCUCCGCCAUCCUCUUCCGCGAGUGGAGCAACGUGGGCCUGGUGGACUCGCUGGGCAUGGCCUGCGGCUUCACCACCGUGUCCGUGGGCAUCGUCCUCAUCCAGGUGUUCAAGGAGUUCAACUUCAGCCUCGGGGAGAUGAACAAGCCCAACCUGAAGGCGGACUAGGAGGCGGGGGCGGGGGGGGGGCCCCCCCGAGGAGCAGGGAAGGGGUGUGGUUUCGGGAUCUGACGGAGGCGCAGGACGAGAGCCCCGACGUCGCGGGCGUUGGAGUUGGUGGGGCCUCGGCGGGCGUGGGGUCCGGUGGGCAGCCGGGGCCUCGCCCUCCCCGGGGGCACGUUGGUCCGGGGCGCCGUCGCUCUGAGGAGAGGGAUCCGUUGUGUCCCCGUUGCUGUCAGCCUCCGGACGUUGUUUCUCGUGGAAAAGAAGGAUGGGCUCCCUCCGGUUCGUCCUUGCCGGCAGCAGGUGCCUCGCGGGAAGGGAGGGCCGGCCGGCCCGGAGAUCUGGCUCCACACGGACGUGGCCCCGUCGGCGUGUCGUUUGCGUUAAGCCCCCCUCACCUCAUCCGCGUCGGCUGUCUGUCUGCGUUUACCUGUGUCUGAUCCUCUCUCCAGCUGGCUCCCCCUCCCCGACACCGGGACGCGUCCGUCCGUGGCAGGUGGAGCGAGAAGAGGGACCGGCCGGCAGCGCCCGCUGUCGGGGGGGACGCCCGGGAGCGUGCGUCGAUUUCAGUGCCUUUACCACUUGAACUGUUUGCAUUUCAUCUGGCCGUGGCUGUGCGUCUGCUUUCUGGGCUGACAGCAACGCUCACGCUGGCAUGUGACUGUCAGAACACGCGUGUGCGAAGGGGCCGUCGGUAACAGCGUGGGCAGAGUCAGGACGGAAGACACGUGAGAGAGCUGGGCCUGUGCGCACGUCAUCGCUGCCCCGUGAGGACGUGACCGGAGGAGCAAGAGGCCCCUCGUCCGCCUUCCGUCCGUGUGGCUGGGAUCCCAAAUCCCGUGAACGUCGUGGCCGCUCAGAAGACGUGACCUCUGACACCUGGUCGUCCGGCUGUUAGACGGGAGGGUGCGUGGUCAGCGGCUGGCCUGUGCGUCCCCUGUGAUUCGGAACGAGGCGGGGGGCCCAGGGAGGCCGAGGCCCGUCUGAUUGGAAGGAACACACACGGUGAGUUCCCCGCAAAACGUGAAAGCGAUGCGUCCGGCCUGCGCCGGGCUGUCGGGGACGGCAGAGCCCCCAGGGUCGCUCGCCCGCCUCAUUCAGCGUCUGAAGUGCAGCCUGGCGGCCGGUGAGGCCAGGAUUUGGGUCAGAGACCCUCCCGCGCGCGUUACCUGGGACCAGGCCGAGCGUGCGCCGUGCUGUUCACGGAAUAACGUGUCCUUCGCGGGCGAGGUCGUAGGAGACGGCACUGUACCGAGCCGGAAGGUGAGGCUGGGGGCGUGGACUCCGUGGAGCCGACCUCGGCAUCAGAUGAUCCCCCGUGGAAGUCACUCAGAGAAGAAAAAAACGGGCUUUUCCAGCCAAAAACCAGAACCCUUCUCAAGACCCACGGUCGGUCUGCCCCUCACGCGUGAGCCAAGAGGCGGCCAGCAGGGCGAGGGUCUAACCGAGGGAAGAGCCCAUUUACGAGGUCAAAGCUCACGUGACGAUCGAGGCUUGUCGGGGUUGCACGAGCUGACAGCAGCAACAAAAUUACCUAAACGUUAAAAAUAUCUGCUUGAUGAUAGCUGCCACGUGCUCAAAGGCGUCGUCCCUCCCCAUCAGCUCUCCACGUUUGGUUUUCGGUCGUCGGCCGCUGUGGGGAUGCAGGCCCCGCCCGCUGCUCGAGGGGGGCAGGUGGUGGCUCCGAUGGACGAGCCAUGUGCUUUGUGACGGCUUCACGUGAGGCUCAGCGGCCGGGCCCGCUGGUGGUCCUUGUUACAGGAGGAGGCGUCGUCUGGAUUGCCAUCCCUGUGCUUUAUUUUAUUUUAUUUUUUUUAGAGUCAAACAAAGCCUCAAAGUAGUAAUAACCCCUCGGAAGUGGUGGGUCCCAGCCCAGGUUAUUGAUCUUCCAGAUCCACGUCUUCGUCAUUCAUUUGAGAUUGCGGCUGCCUCCUGCACGCUCCCUACGGGGAUGGAACCGUGACCUCCUGGUUCCUAGGUCCACGCUGACCCCUCAGCCGCGCCGGCCGGACCGUGAUGCAUUUGCCUUUGUUUGCAGAAGCUCAUCCCAGCCGCCCUGAUUGCUCCUUGGUCUUCCCCUUUGGGUUUCCGUCCACGGGAAGGGACCGUCAGAGGGUGUGGUCGCCUCUGGUUCUCCACAGCUCAGCUCCCUGUCAGCUCUGUGCUGGCUCCAGGCGGUUCGUAGACGGUCCUAACGCCCUCGAGACCCGUGUCUCCCGGGAGGGCGACCACGUUGGCCCGUGGAGACAGGGUGAGUCUUGUUGGGAGAGACACCUCUUCCCCAGCCUGCUCGGCCCCUCGGGAGCCGCCCCAGAGGCUCUGACUGCCGGCCGGCCUCUGCCCCUGGCUCUUCUCGGACGCCAGCUGGGUCCCGGCGUGGGCCUCCUGUGGCCGAGGGGAAGCUGGACAGGGAAGCGCGCUUGUGCUGCCUGAUGGGGCUCCCGGGCUCCGAAGGCCUGGUCCCCCGCCCACCGAGCAGGACUGGUCGGAACCUGGCGUCCUGCCUUCUCAGGGACCAACAACAUCACAGGAACUCCUUCGCUCGCUUCGACUUGCUCCCAGGAACACGUCCGUGUGCGGGCCCCGGAGGUGCGCACCCACCCAGCUAGGAGUCUGGGACUGGAGUUGGAAAGGGAGAGAGUGUUUGCCCACCAGACAUCACGCAAGACGGCCAGUCCUGUCCAGCACCUCGCUGUCUGCAUUCCUCCGCCCACUCCCCUUCGUCCUGUAGCUUCGAUGGCCAGAUCCUCACACCUCCGUCUGGUACGUGAACAGACGAAGAAGGACGGACACGGGAAGGAGCGUCCGGCCUCCUCUCACCAAUGUAUUCCCAUGCACAUUCCUCACGUGCUCGUAAAUGCAACAAGAUAAUUCUAUUUUAAGGAAAUGUCAGUUUGUCACAUCAAAAAACAUACCAUCUAGUAGAAAAUGGACACGCGGUGGAGCAGGGACGUGUAAGUCAACGCGGCUCCCAUGUGACCGUGGUCCAGGGCGCAGCCGAGGCCCAGAGCGUGGCCGGGACAGGGUUGGCGUUCUUUUCCCUCUUUCUCCUUGAACCUGUUCGUUUGCGGCGAGUCCCUUCACCUUUCUGUGCCUCCAUUUCUCUACCUCGAAAAGGGAGGGAUGGCUCCCCAGGUCGCCUGUCUCGGGGUGCCUGCACUUGGGCACCUGCUGGCAGCCUCCGGGGGCGGUGACGGUGUGGGGGGGCCGGGGGGACCCCGUGAAAAUGCGGCCCCAUCCCGGCCUCCUGUCUGCUCGGGACCGUGCUGCUCCAGCACCGACGAAGCAAAGGGGAGGCGCUUGGGUGAGAAGUUGGCAUCGUCCCGUGAAGCUUUCAUUCUCCCUUUUGUUUUAAAAAGCAAGGGUUUCCUGCAUCCCGCCGCCGCCACCUGGGAACGAAACGGGCUUUCAGAGGCCGCGCCGGGCGAGCCGGGCCGUGGUGACGGCUCCUCGCAGGCUCUGCCCAGGGGACUCGGCGGGAGAGUCUGUGGCUGGUGAGCCAGGCGGGUGCUGGCGCCUUCGAUUCGCAGUGAAGGAAGCCGAGCCUCCUGCUUCCCAGCCGCCUCCCCCGACCACGAACCACCUGGCACAGGUGAGGGCCCGGAGCUCCCGAGCCACUAGUGCCAAAGCGUGGGUCGCGUGCAGAAGGUAUUUCAUUUGUCAGGAUAACAGCCCCCCCC